UAAUAGACUGACUACCUUUCAUUUGUAUUACUCACUCGCUUAACCUCACUCACCUUGAUCUGACCGCACCCGGCGGCCGGCGUUCACCUCUACCCUGUGAUCGGUCACCGGCACCUCAACGCCGCCAGCUGACUCCAGCGCGAUCCAUCUUCUUACAUCUGGAAUAUUCGCCACACUUUUGAGCUUCAGCUCGGUUUCUUACUACAUUUGAUCCUUUCAGCUGGUGCCAUUCCGCGAGAUCAACCCCUUCUAAAUCCCCCGUUGAUCUAGGGUAGCCGGGCGCCAUGAGCCUUGAUCUGGCUUUAUCGAUUCACAAAUAGCUUCGUUAUAUUCUCUAGAUCAGCCGCUUUGGUCGUCAACUGGCUCCUUCUCGACCAGCGGUUCAAUCCCGUACGAAUAUCACCACCAUCGGCUGAAACUAGUUCCACAUAUCCUCAGCUAGAUACUCCCAGGUCAAACAGCUUCUUGCACAGCCGUUGCUGCGAUAUUAUUGGAUUUCCCUUCGGCUUUCUGCUAGGAAGGUCCCUUGCUUCUUGGUCUGCUUGAUUAUCAUUCUUUGCUUCUGAAAAUUCUGAAAAAUGGUGUCUACUUCAUCAAUCAGUGCUGUUGGUUUGGUUAAUCAACAUGGCUUAAAUUGGAAGGCUGAUUCAUCUUUGUUUAACCUUAACUAUUUGAGUUUGAUAAUUUCUGGGAGGAACAGAGAAUUUGAAUCAACGAAAUUUCACAUCAGAGCUCUCAUGGCUAAGCCAGAUAUAGAUUUUGCAGAUCCAAAGUGGAAAAACAAAUUCCAGGAAAGUUUUGAUCGACGGUUUGAUUUGCCCCAUCUGAGGGAUAGUCUUGAAGUGAAGCCAAGGUCAACAACUUUCUCUCUUAAAAGCAGAGUUCCUCUAGUUGAUGGCAAUGGUGCUCCAGAGGACACAUGGAAUGGAUAUGUCAAUGAUGAUGAUCGAGCACUUCUUAAGGUGAUAAAGUUUGCUUCACCAAGUUCUGCUGGAGCACAUUGCAUUGAUCCUGCUGCAGCUGGGUUGAGCAAUGGACACCGAGCUGGACCAAGGAAGCUGAUAUACUAUGAACCUGAUGAUGUAAAGGCUGCAAUAGUUACAUGCGGCGGGCUUUGUCCGGGACUCAAUGACAUUAUUAGACAGAUAGUGCUCACCCUUGAAAAAUAUGGUGUUAAGAAGAUUGUUGGAAUUCCCUUUGGUUAUCGUGGCUUUUUUGAGGAAGGUUUAUCAGAAAUACCACUUUAUCGUAGAGUGGUUGAAAACAUUAAUCUUGCUGGUGGAAGUCUUUUGGGAGUUUCUCGUGGAGGAGGCAACAUUAGUGAAAUUGUAGACAGUAUUCAGGCUAGGGGAAUUGACAUACUUUUUAUUCUCGGGGGAAAUGGAACACAUGCAGGAGCAAAUGCAAUACAUAAUGAGUGUCGGAAAAGAAGCAUGAAAGUUUCUGUCAUUGCUGUGCCUAAAACAAUCGAUAAUGACAUACCUCUUAUGGAUAAGACAUUUGGUUUUGACACUGCUGUGGAAGAAGCUCAACGAGCAAUAAAUUCUGCAUAUAUUGAGGCACAUAGUGCUUAUCACGGCAUUGGACUAGUGAAACUGAUGGGAAGAAGCAGUGGAUUCAUAGCUAUGCAUGCUUCUGUUUCCAGUGGCCAGAUUGAUGUCUGUUUAAUUCCAGAGGUACCUUUCACCUUGGAGGGACCACAUGGAGUCUUACAGCAUCUUGAGCAUCUAAUAAGGACUAAAGGAUCAGCCGUAGUUUGUAUUGCUGAAGGUGCAGGGCAAGAUUUGCUGCAAAAGUCAUAUACAACUGAUGCGUCUGGUAAUGUUGUACUAAGCGACAUUGGAGUUCACAUUCAACAACAGAUCAGAAGAUAUUUUAAAGAAGCUGAUUUUCCAGCAGAUGUAAAGUACAUUGAUCCGACAUAUAUGAUCCGUGCAUGCCGUGCCAAUGCAUCAGAUGCUAUUCUAUGCACUGUACUUGGCCAGAAUGCUGUUCAUGGUGCAUUUGCGGGGUUCAGUGGUAUAACAACAGGCAUUUGCAAUACCCAUUAUGUGUAUCUUCCCAUUACAGAAGUUAUCAGAACUCAAAGACGUGUUGACCCCAAUAGCAGAAUGUGGCACCGUUGUUUGACCUCAACUGGCCAGCCUCACUUCACUACACCUUCCUCUUCCUAAUUUUAUAUUCUACAUAAAUUAGAAUAUUUUAAUAAUCUCUAGACCUUUUUUUUUUUUUUGUUUCACCACUAUUCAACUUUAAGGAGAUACAAAAUUUUAUAUUCUUAGAUACGCCACAAAUCAUUUAAUUGUGUCAUGAGUCAUACUAGUUUUAAUCUUUAUAGUGUAGGCUAAUAUUUGCCGAUAAUAAUAUCUGUUGCAUUCGUGUUUUACAAAAGUAAUGAUAAGAAGAGUUGGGACUAAAAAGGUUAAGUGAAAUUGCUACAUAUUUAAGUGAUUUUCAUGUACAGGGGUGGAAUUUAUGAAUCAUUCCAAAUUCAUUUUCUUUGAAAAAUGAUGAAUAAGAUGAUCAAUAUUAAUUA